AUGGUGGCUCCUCUCCUUUGGAGACAGAGAGAGUAUGUUGGAGUCGAUCUGCCUGCAUUGGAGCCACAUACACCAUCAAAACUCGGUUACGACAAAGCCUCCAACAACACAAAGAAACUCUUUUGGACGACCGACGACGAACACCUGCGACAGUUGACGUACUGGAAGAGACCCAAAGAGAUUAAGAAGGUUAUGGGCAUGGUAUUUUUCGGUCGACGGCAUUCCGUCUCGAUCUUGGAUUGCUACUUGAAGCGGAAUCUUGUCAAGAACGGGGGUAUGCUCGACGGUGUCAUCUUUGUGGAACGAACUCAAGACGAACAGGAUCUCAAGCUCCUGGCCAAGAUGCUGAAUAGCGAACCGAGCUACAAGAGAUGGAAGAUCGAGAUGAGCGACGAGGACAACUUUACAAGCGGGUUCGGAAACUCGUACGACAGGGUUGAGGAUGAUGUCCUGUACGUCAAGAUUGACGACGAUAUCGUGUUCAUGGAGGAUAGUGUCAUCCCUUCUAUCAUCAAGAAGAAGAUGGAGCACCCCGAGUACUACGUCGUCUCUGCCAACGUCGUCAACCAGCCACUACUUAGUUGGGUUCACUGGAAUCUUGGCGUGGUUAAACCCUACCUUCCUGAAGUCAACAACGAGGGAGCGACCAAGUCGUUCGAUAUUAAGGAUUCCAUGAAGUACGACUGGCAAGUCACCAAACUGCCACGGUGGAAAGGGCCGAUCGAUUUCAAGUUGGAUGAGUGGGACGCCGACGAUAAACAGCAUCGUUGGCUUCCCGUCAAGCACCAGGGUGAUCAUAUCCUCGACAACACUCCCAUCGAGACGACCGAGUAUCAUCCCAUGGGUCGCGGCUGGACUGAGUGGAAGAUUGGUGCGCAGGAGCACUACAGUUUCCUCGAGAACCUCGAACACAACCGCUUGUCCCAGUACAAGUUCGACACAUGGGACUUUCAGUACGAGAGGAUGGGCAUUCAGUUCAUCGCCAUGUUGGGCAAGGACAUUAACAUCGCCAAGCCGAUUGAGUCGGACGACGAGAAUCACUUUUCGUGCACGAUGCCACGACAACUCGGAAGGCAUGCGGUAGCUAAUGGAAAAGGCAUUGCUGUGCACUAUAGCUUCGGUAGCCAGCGUGGCGGCAUGGAACGAACCGACAUCCUCGCCCGAUACAGAGCCUUUGCGCGAGACAAUAUCUGCGCCAGUCCGAUGUUGUGGAAGCCCGAGGACGACUGA